UGUUAUCGAUUUGCCCAUUGUGGCAGCUGCCUUGUGCGUGUGCAUUCUAAACCUUGAUUGGGCCCAAACUUCAAAAACGAUCCAAAACCCACUUCCAGCAGUCAAAGCCUCCGAGUGCCGCAACGAUUCCGGAGGCAGCAUUGUAUGUGUUACCUGAAAAACUGGCGCGAAUUCGUUUCUCAGGCAAUCCUUUUCGCCGGAAUCCCAAAUUUCUAGAUUUCCUUUGGCCGCUGAACAAAUUCAUAGCAAAUGAAUCUUUACGCUCAAGACCUGUCACCGUUGGAUUUUAAUUUUGGGUUCUCCGAAACCUACGGUCAGCCCUUCUCUCGCCUUCGCGCUUCCUCCGCUAUUUCUUCAACUGCCUACCUCGAUGAAGACGACGACGUUUACCGUCCUGGCUGGGCUACAAGGAAUAAGCGCGAUAUGCCCAGCGACAUCCCCUCCAAUCGUCGGCAUGACGGUUCGUCGCCUCUUCCACUGGGAAUGGACUGGAGUCCUCCUCCUCAGAAAUGGGAUGGACCAGCUACAGCGUGGCCUCAUGAUCCGUCCACUGGAUGGAGCUAUUGUGUCACAGUUCCUUCUUGGACUACAAUUCCCAAAUCAGAUGGUUCAGAUCCUGUCGUGUUUUAUAUGGUUCAAGUUGGAUUGCAAUCUCCAGAAGGUAUCACCUCUACAAGAGGAAUAUCAAGAAGAUUUAAUGAGUUUCUAGAGCUAUUUUACGAGCUCAAAAGAGCAUUGCCUAAGAAACAAUUGCCUCCAGCUCCACCAAAAAAGGUUUUGAGAUUGAAAAACAGCACGUUUUAUGAUGAGCGGAAGUCUUCCUUGGAGGAAUGGAUGGAAAAGAUGAUGUCAGACAUCGACGUAUCACGAAGUUUUCCAGUGGCAAGUUUUCUUGAACUGGAAGCUGCUGUGAGAUCUUUUUUCAGUGAUAACCACGAGAUCACAGAUGAGGUUUCUUCUGGUAAUAUCAUGGACCAGCCAAUUACACUAUCAAGCUCAACUGUGUCUAUUGCUCCUUCUUCUUCUGUUACCUCCAGUCCACGUGAUGAUACUUGUUAUGGGGAACCUGAACUUGGAGCUCCAAGAUAUGGAGAUGACGAGGGUGUAGAAUUGGGAAUGGAUGAACCUGCACUGGAAAAAGCUGGAACAGACAUGGAAAAUCUAGUAGUAAGAUCAAACGAAGAAAUGUCUGAGAGACAAUUCCUUGCACCAAAGGAUGAACAAGUGCCCACAGAAUCAACAAUAACGUCACUUUUAGAGGAGAACAAAAUUUUGCUGCAAGAGUUGGAUGAUUCAAGAGAACAACUUGAGUACUUACAAAAACAAUAUGAAGAGUUUGUGAUGAAAUCCAAAGCAGAUGUCGAUUUGUUUGUCAAAGAAAUUAAAUCUCUUCGAGGUACACAGUCAGAUUUGAGGCAGGAAUGCAGCCAAAUGAUGAAAGAGAAAUCAGAAUUAGAGAGGAUACUUCAAACUGAAAGACAAAGAAUGGAGCAAGCUGAUAUUGCUAAUCAAAAGCUUCUGCAUGAUUGUGAAAUUCUUCACUACCGCCUUCAAGAUUCUAGUGUCGACUUUUUCAUUGAGCAGGAAAAUAAACUAAUUUUGGAAACUGCUUCAACAGCUGACGAUGCCAUAGAUCUGUUGGCAACAUCUGAUAAUCACGUCAAUCUUCUUUUAGCAGAGGCAAAGCUUCUGGCGCAUGAUGCAAACGACAGCAAUAACCCUGCUGGAUCAGCCACACCAAAUGGAGCAGCUGACCAAGUAUUAAGUAACAUACUAGCAAAUAUGCUUCUCGAAAAUGCCCGAUUAAGGAUGCAGGUGAACUCCGUCAUCCGCUGUGCUCUAAAUGCAAAUGGGACCAGUGAGAAAGAUGAAGAUGAAUCUCUCAGAAGAACUGUUCUAAGCAAGUUUUUAGAGGAAGAGAUUCCUGAAUGCACAUAUACAAUGACCUUAUACUGUAGUGGCAAGAAAUGGGAGAGCUGUAGAUUUGAAAUAAAUGCAACAGAUGUUGCCCACUAAUUUGCAACUCCUAACAAAUUUGGUUGUGGGAGGUAUAGAAAUGAUGUAUCAAUUUAAUAUUUAACGAAGUGCCUAAUUGCUUAGCUUAGCCAAGCCAAUCUUUGGGCAUUUGAAGACUUUGCUCUUGGUAAGAGCUCAAACAAAAUUUGGGUGGCUAAAUUUAGUGUUGAUUAAAUGAAAUUUCACUGAUAUUCAUGAUCUGUC